AUGACUGCAUCGUACUGCACGUGUUCCGGGUGCUCUUACAAUGCGAACGCGCCUGGAGAGCUUCCGACCCAGAUUCUCGAGGCCAAUGGCUUCCCCUCGGAGCUCCUCCCCGCGCACGAGGUCGCGCAUUGCGACGGCGCGAUCACGGGGCCUUUCUCGAUCAACCUCAAGCGUCCGAUAGACGCCGUGAUUGACGGCUAUAACGUGCACUACGAUCAGCACAUAAGCGGAGUGGUCGAGCACGUUCUCCCCUCCCCACCGUGGUCCGUGUCCUCUCACUGCCCCCUCUCCCACCUUCGCUCCCGCUAUCCUCCCACCAACCCUACCCUGUCCGCGUUGACAGGCCCUCCUCCCCCUACACUCUCCCCUCUUUCCCCCCUCCCGUGUUCCCUACUUUCCCCUCCCCUUGCCGCACACAUCUCGCCUCUCCGAGUCUCCACCACCGCCACACAUUCCCCUUCCCCCGACAACAUCCCAUGGCUGGGAAGGAGUCCCUGUCGUUUCAGCUACCGCUGCUGA